UCUUAGCAUGCGCAUCUGUUUACCUCGAAAUUUGGCGCGACUGAAAACAUUGCUGAUUAAGGAUAUUUUGUCAAUUACCAUUUUGACGAUUAUUUAAGGCACAAAUCAAAAUGAGUGUCAGUAUGCUUACAGCCGGGGCUAUAAGGGACAUUGUCACAGGAAAGACGGUUGAACAACCAGUUCUACAGGUUUUGGGUCACAAGAAGAUUGCAGGAAGUGGUGGAUCUGCUACUGAGCGUUUUCGUCUUCUAUUGUCUGAUGGUGUAAACAGCCAAUCCUCCGCUAUGCUGGGCACUCAGUUGAAUUAUCUUGUCCUUAAUGGUGAGCUGGAAGAUAAUUCUAUUGUCAGACUGGACAAAUUCAUCUGUAAUACUAUCCCUCCGGACAGGAGAGUCAUGAUCCUGUUAGAACUGUCCAUUAUAAAACGAGGUAGUGAGGUUCCUGGCAAGUUGGGCAACCCAGUGCCAUUUAAGGGAACAGCUGCAGCAGGGGGAGAUGCAAACAGAAAUCCCCCACAGCAGACAAAUGAACAUGCUGCCAGUAAUGGAGCUCCAGCACAUAAGCCACAACAGCCGCAAAAACCUGCCCAGCAGAAUCCAUACAAUAGAGAACAAGCUCAACAGUCAACUGGACAAACAAAUAGUUUCUAUGGAAAAAACAAUGUCACACCAAAGGCAUAUGGAAAUAAUAAUCUUCCCCAGACACCAGGUGGCAGCACACCAAAAGUCUAUCCAAUCACUGCUCUUACACCAUAUCAAAACAGGUGGACAAUUAGAGCCAGACUGACCAACAAGUCCAACAUUAGGACAUGGAGCAAUUCUCGUGGAGAGGGGAAACUUUUUAGCAUGACAUUCACAGAUGAGAGUGGAGAGAUCCGGGCUACCGCAUUCAAAGCAGAAGUGGACAAGUUCUAUGAUAUACUGGAAGUGAAUAAGGUUUACUAUGUCACCAAAGCAACCUUGAAAACAGCCAACAAGCAGUACUCUUCAGUGGACAAUGACUACGAGAUGACCCUGAACAGAGACUCCCAGAUAGAAGAGUGCACUGAAGAUGUAGAUCUGCCAACUGUGACUUUCAACUUCACACCUAUAAAUGCAUUGGGCAACAUGGCCCCUAACACCACAGUGGAUGUGAUUGGUGUGGUCAAGUCCGUGGCAGAUGUUUCCACAAUCAUUGCCAAGGCAACACAGAAGGAGCUGAAGAAAAGGGAGGUUUCUUUGGUUGACCAAAAUCAGGUCAUGAUAAACCUCACCCUCUGGGGAGAAACUGCAGAAGGUUUUGAUGGUAGCAAUCACCCUGUACUGGCAAUAAAGGGUGCAAGGCUCUCUGACUUCGGGGGCCGUUCACUCUCCACACUGUCCAGUAGUCAGUUGAUUGUUAAUCCUGACAUUGAGGAGGCCCACAGGCUUAAAGGUUGGUAUGACAGAGAUGGACACAACCUGGACUUCCAACAGUACAGGAAUGAGGGGGGACAAGGAGGUUCAGGAGGCGCAACUAAUUGGAAAAGCUUUGCUGCUGUAAAGCAAGAAAACAUUGGAGCUACAGAAAAACCAGACUACUAUUCAGCCAAAGGAACAGUGAUAUUCAUGAGGAAAGAGAACUGCAUGUAUCAGGCCUGCCCUAAAAUGGAUUGUAACAAGAAGGUGGUUGACCAGUCAAAUGGUUUGUACAGGUGUGAAAAGUGCCAGCUGGAGUACCCGAACUACAAAUGGAGGAUGAUCUUAUCGGCCAAUCUUGCAGACUAUUCUGACAACCAGUGGGUGACUUGCUUCCAAGAAACUACAGAAACUCUACUUGGCAAGUCAGCAGAUGAACUGGGCAGUCUCAGAGAAUCGGAUGAGGCCAGCUUUGAUCAGAUAUUCCAGGAGGCCACUUUCAAGUCUUACACAUUCAAGCUCAGGGCCAAGCAGGAGACAUAUAAUGAUGAAAGCAGACUAAAGACCAUUGUUGUCAACGCCACACCUAUUGAUUAUCGGGAAUACAACCGUAAACUGAUCCAGGAUAUUGAGAAAAUGGCUGGCAUGAUAUAAAGAUGCAUCUUUUGUCUGCGACUUUCUUGAAGCAUUUGGGGAAAAUGUUUUACCAUAUUCAGAUGGAUAGAUUUACAUGCUGAGUGGAAAUAAUAGAAGACAGAAACUCAUAUUAACUUCUUUUGGAUCACUGAAUAACAAAAGUGGUAGUGAAAUUUGCUGGAAGAGAAAUGGUCUUUCUGUCUAAUGUUUAAAGGACAGCUGCCUGAUGAAAUGCAAGGUGUAAUUUAAAAGGAGUGAUAGUUUUUUCACAUUAAGAGUUUAAGAUGAGAUAUAAUUGAUUUUUUCCUGUUGAGUAGAGAUGUUGCCCACUUAUUAUUUGUUAAAGUAAAAGCACCCACUAUAUACUUUGAGUAUAAACAAAAUCGCUAAUAAAGAUGUGAAAGAAUUUUUACAGGUUUUUCGGUAGUAAAUAUUGUUUCUUACUCGCAAGUUGUUACUGAAGCGAAUCGUUCACAAACGGCUUACCUGUAAUAUAUUAUGUAAUAAAACAUCAAUUAAAGAUGACAAUGACAUAA